AUGAAUUCCCUUCUAUCGCCGACAAACCUCUGCUCACAAUGUGCGUCGUAUUUUGUACAAUCAAUACGUCAUCUCCCGCAAAGUUUACAAACGAUAACAAGUGAAGCAGUGAAACAAUUCUCGCCAAGAAGAAGCACUAAACAUUUGAGACGUGAGAUUGAUCGACAAGUCAUCACAGCAACACAAGAAGCAUUCGAUACUAAUGUCGAGUCAAUAUUCAAUAAGAUAUCAAAAGAAGAUUUGCAAAAUUUAACUAUUGCACCAUUAUCGCCUUGUUUGUCAUGCCAACUUGGUAUUACUCAACAUGUCACCCAUAAAGAUUUAUUGAAAGUCGAGAAACUAAUUUACAACCAAGUACGCGGAUUCAAAACGCGACAUGCUGACUCCUACGGCGUUGGUGGAAAUAGCAGCACCUCAUCGUCGUCGUCAACAGCAUCCGGAAGAUAUUCUCGAAAUUUCAAUGAUUUCGAAGGAUAUCGCUUGGCGGUUGGUGGAAGUGGAAGACAGUCAUCUCAGGCUUCUGAUCCAAAUCAACCACCGUUGACCGCAUUUGUGAAUCGAUUUAUGCAAUACGCUCGAGGAAAUACAUCGUCUCAGAGUUCUGAGGGUAGACGUUUUCAAGAUAUUCUACAAACAACAUCGAAUGCGGACGAACAACAAAAAGUGAAAAUUGCCUUUGCUGAAGGUUACGUUGCUGCUGCCGGCGAACCAAAGCCUAAAGAACGUCCAUCACUAUUCAAAGCAGUGCGUGUUAUCUUAUUUUACGGUUUAUUGAUUAUGAUUAUUCUCAAUGUUCUUUCCGCGUUUGGCGGUGAUGGUGUUCGCGGUGGAUUUGCAAAUGCAUUCUCAACAGUUAGUAAAUAUGAAAUCAAUCCUGAGGAGAUCAAAGUGAAUUUUUCUGACGUUCGAGGAGCUGAAGAAGCUAAAGAUGAAUUGAUGGACAUUGUUACGUAUCUCAAAGAUGCUGAAAAAUAUACUAAACUAGGUGCACGAUUACCCAAAGGCGUCCUAUUAGUGGGUGCACCUGGUAUAGGUAAAACUCUAUUAGCUCGAGCUGUGGCUGGCGAAGCCGGUGUGCCAUUUUUCCACACGUCUGGUUCUGAAUUUGAUGAAAUGUUUGUCGGUACUGGUGCUCGCCGUGUUCGUCAGCUAUUUACUGCUGCAAAGGCUCGUGCCCCGUGCGUCAUAUUUAUCGAUGAAAUUGAUUCUGUUGGUGCUAAGCGAUCGAGCUCACAGUUACAUCCCUACGCUAAUCAAACAAUCAACCAACUUCUAGCCGAAAUGGAUGGAUUUGAAAAGAAUGAAGGCAUCAUUAUCUUAGCUGCGACUAACCGUCGUGAUUAUCUCGAUUCGGCACUUUUACGACCAGGUCGUUUCGAUUCCGAAAUCCACAUUGCUCCGCCAGAUCUUCGUGGACGAAAGGAAAUCUUUGAGUUGUAUCUCUCAAAGAUCACCCACGAUCGAAGUAUCGAUACAGAAUAUCUGGCGAAAGGUACCACCGGUUUUACUGGGGCAGACAUUGAAAAUAUGGUGAACCAAGCUGCACUCUAUGCAGCGCAAAUCGACGCAACCUCUGUAGGAAUGAAACAUCUCGAGUAUGCACGUGAUAAAGUUUUGAUGGGUCCAGCAAAGAAACAGAAAAUACCCGACGACGAAACAAACAACAUUACAGCCUACCAUGAAGCUGGUCAUACGAUAGUUCGAUAUUUUACUCAGGAUGCUGACCCGUUACAUAAAGUCACCAUAGUACCCCGUGGACAGGCACUUGGUUUUACAGCACACAUUCCCCUCAAAGAAACAUACAAUCGAACUAGAGCACAAUUGUUAGCUGAAAUGGAUGUAAUGAUGGCCGGACGUGUGGCUGAAGAACAGAUUUUUGGCUCAGAGAAAAUAACGACGGGCGCAGCCAGCGAUUUCAGUCAAGCAACAAAACUGGCGACAAAUAUGGUGAAACAAUUCGGCAUGUCUGAGAAAGUCGGCACAAGAUCGUUUAAAGAAGAAGAACAAGAUGCUGGUUUAGGUUUUGUUCGUGUGAACGACGUGAGUCCAACCAUGCAGGAAAUGAUCGAUUUAGAAAUAAAACGUCUUAUGCAAGAAUCGUAUGAUCGAGCUAAGGCUCUACUGAAACAACACGCGCACGAACUGAAACUUCUUGCUGAAGCUUUACUUCAUUAUGAAACACUUUCAGCCGAUGAAGUCAAAGCUGUACUUGAAGGAAGAAAAAUCAAUCCAUAA